UCAGGACGAUGCCGAGUGACGAGCACAGAGACGCGACCUGCAGAGCCUCCACACCGAGGACAGCAUGACUGCUAGAGUUCAAUUCAGAAAAACUGGAAUGGAGAGCUGCAGACUUCAACACUAGCUGCGCUGUGAUUGGCUGAUCGCUGUCGUUUGUAUCAAGAUGGCCCACCUCUUCCUCGCCAGUAAGAUCACGAUGCCGGACGACCUCCACUGCAAAGGCGGCGCCAGGAUCCCCAGGAGUGCCGUGAGGAUGCCAAAAUCGAUCUCUGCUGAGAAGCUGAGUCGGGACAGGGCCAGGAAAGACCACAACGUCAUCGUGACAACGCACGUCCCACAUGUCAACGAGGUCCAGCUGACAGCGGCCACUGGUGGCGCCGAGAUGUCCUGCUACCGCUGUACCGUCCCAUUCGGUGUGGUCGUCCUCAUUGCCGGCAUCGUGGUCACUGCUGUGGCGUACACCUUCAACUCCCACGGGUCCACCAUCUCAGUGCUGGGACUGGUGCUGCUGUCUGCUGGACUGGGCCUGCUGGGCUCCAGUGCCGUCUGCUGGAGGGUCCGCCUGAGGAAGAAGAAGGACAAACGAAGGGAGAGCCAGACCGCCCUCCUGGCCAGCCAGGGGUACUGCAUAGCCUGAUCAAAUGCAAAGGACGGUCCAGUCCUGAGUGGAGUUCAGGUUUAGGCCCUUUUAAUCAAAAAAGUCAGAUGGUGGACUUGAGGGACACAGUGAACAUAAACUGGUGAAGAGCUGGCAUCACUCAUGAGGUGGCAAUGACUGCAGACACCUAAAAUGACUCAAGGCUGUAAUGGUUCAAGGGUAAAGGAUGAGUGUUUAGACACAUCGCAAGAAUAUCCAGCAGCAGAAAAUACUGGAUAAUGGAGACUUGAAACUCAGAAAGUCCUGGACGAUGGACUAAACCUUCUCUUUCAAAGAGAAGUACCGAGACGAUGAGUUUAAUAAUCAAUUAUUCAAAAGACUACUGUGAUAAUCAUUAAGGUCAUUUAUGAAGCCAAACAUUUCAUCUGCUUUUAGAUUCUCAAGUGUUUCACAUCAUUUGGGUUUUGGACUGUUGUGGCACAAAACAAAGAAAUUUGCAGACGUCAGCUUGAGUGCUGAGAAGUUUUAAUGAACGACUUUGUCCUCGCAUGUACAGGGACUUACAGGUCUGUGAACUACACCCUUCUAUAAAUCAAUUUCUGUUGAUUUCCCAAAGAUAAUCAAAGCAAACAGGAUGCCCCUAUGCUAUAGCAGAGGCUCUGAACACUUUUAGAGGUUUUAGAUGUUUUAAAUGUUUCUUAGAUAUUAAAAUUGCUGCACAAAGUAAAUUUAAAUUACAUUUGAAACAAAGUGUGCAAAACACUCACACAGGACUGUCUAAUCUAUACUUAUUAUCAUACAGGACUUUAUUGUUGCUUUAAAUGAUUCAUCAACAAAAACAGUCUGCAGAUUAGUUGUAGCUCUACAAAUGAUGUACAGUAUAUCUAAUGAUAUGAUGCCAAUAAGCUAUAAUAUACAAUUAACAAGGUACUCUGUUGUUGAAGUUUCUCUUUCAGUGAUAAGCUCAUUUGUGAACUCAGCACUCCGCACGUUACGUUUCUUUCUGAGCAGACAGAAGACGCCUCAGAAGACACCACCCACUGCCGAGUAACCGGUCAGAAGACAGGAUUUUGACUUUGUGUAUGGAGCUUAAUCAUGGAGUAACAUUGUGAAUACUGAGCUCACAGAUGGGGAUACUCUCUGAUAUGCAUGCCACUUUGUGUGUUUAAACUAGUGCACUAUGAUCCAAAGUGAUGAAAAAUAACCAAAUGUCAUGUAUUCCACUGUAUUAAAGAACUCUGAGGGUUAAUCUGA